GUGGAUUCGGGGCUCGACGCGAGCGGUACGAAGGUCUUGGGCGCGGCGGGGGUGGGGGCUGCGCAGACGCAGGCCCCGAGUCUGCGGUCCGAGUGCCUGAAGAAGUUCCUCUACGAGCCCGAACGGAAACUGCUCGCGGCCGAAAAGAAGCGGCUCGUUGAUGACGCGAAACACGAAGAAACACGGGUGACAACAGUGGAAGACGGCACGGAGACAAUGCAGGAAUAUCGCUACCGAGAAUUGGAAGAGCAAAAUGACUUCGCGACCGUGACACUCGACCUGGUACCGGGUCUGCGCGCGCGCAACAUCGUCACUGGAGAGGACUACAAACUCGCUAUGCACCUGAGUUCUAAAUAAAAGCCUACCGACAACCACGAGUGCAAGUUGAGCACGACUGGUGCGCAGAAAUAAAAUUUCUCAUGCGUUGUAUGCGUACCUCCUAACAAGACUUUCGGAUUUGCUUGUUUAGCAACUUUCCCGCCUUGGCUUUGGUUUUGGUACGCUUUUACAUAGGAUUUUCAUUGCGGUCAAUCCCGUGACGCAGGAGGUCGCCGUUCGGGGUCCGGUAUCAAAUGUAAAAAUGUCUGGGUCUGGAAGAUUCCGAGAUUUGGCAUUCAGUUUUUCCAAGCUCCGCCAAGACUGAAACGCAGAACCGAGCAUCACAGGUUGUGCAGCCCCUUAGUGAUGCCCAUUCCGCAUAAGAACUGCCCUCUCAGAAUGGUCAGAAAUAGGGGCCUUUUGCAAGCCAUGCAACACAAAUUUUUGCAGGAUGCGCACCACGCAUCACAAGUUCGCAGCCUUCCAGACCAAGACAUUUUUGCAAUGCAUAUCCGGGGGAUGCCGACGACGCAGAGCCACGGGUGAUGGCCAAUCCCUGUCUGUUAUUCUGAGUAAAAACGUCCCCAGCCCAUAGUUGUCAUGCAGAUUUGCAUUUACAGGAAGAUUUGUAAUGCGCAUCCCCAUGAGAGAAAUUUUCCAUAGUGUUUUGGAAUUUGUAAUGCUAUAAACAACAUGAGUAGAUGGCUUUGUGAUGCGGCUGCACUUGCUAAACUGCACUACAAUACAGAGAGGAACUUGUCAUGCGUGACUCCCAAAACUUCUCGACUUGUGUUGCGAGAUCCGCAUCUUGACUAUGGGGUGGGGACGUUUUUACAUAGGAUAUCUGUUACAUCUCGAAUCGCUGCGCAACCACCCGCGCCUGCGCAAGACCAUGGUGGAAGAAGUAUCCUGAGUAAAAACGUAACCAUCUUUCCAGAUGAAUUUUGUCAUGCUAAAAACGCGCCAGGACGUCCGUGUAUCAUGUGCUGCCCGAUGAGGUCGAGCAUUUGCUGGUGAGUGCUGCGUGGGAAUGCGUCAAAACUCCAGGCUUUUCUAUGUGGUGGUUGCGUUUUUACUCCGGAUAUAGGGAUAUCGAACCCUUGGGUCCGGACGAGAUCGAAAUGAAGUUUCGAGUGCCGAUAUCCUGCGGAGAAACGGACACGCGCCGUAUUUGCCAUGCAAAUCUGUACGGUUACUUUUGAGAGCUGUUUUCUAAUUAGUCGAGUUUGCAGGCCAUGGUCCGACAAUGAGGAUCAGAAAAUCGCUUUGUGACUGCUAAUUCCUGAUGCAUGACCCCCGAAGGCGCUUGAUUUAUGGAACCGAUUUCCAAACCCGAUUGUGUGGCAGAUACGUUUUUGCAUAGGAUAGCCGGUGCAGCGCGGCGUCCGAUACCGGAGAUCGGAUGGCGCGGGCUCGUCGGCGUAUCAGAGACGGGCCGGAGGUGUGUCGCUGCAAGACGCACUUGCGCGGGCACGCACACCGCCGGAGGGGGGAACGGAAGAUGCCGAGCGCGUGGCGGCGUUGCACGCAAAAGGUAGCAGGCUGGGAAGUGGCAGAGCAACGUCAAAGCGGGACGCAGCCCAAGCAGGAGGGCCUACUGCAGCGCGGACCGAGUUUCAACAGGGCGUUUUGCCGAAAACGCAAAGGCUCGACAUUGAGUUGCGACCGGAAUUUGAUGCGAGUUUUCGGAAAGUCGCCAGCGCGUUCAAGAAAGCAGGCUACGCUGAUUUCGAAAGGUUCUUCUUGUGACGUGCAAUUUUUUGACCACAAGUUGGAAAACGAAGUAGCGCUACUUCUUAUUAGUAGAGUAGCCUGACAGAAAACGACUAGCACUUUGACGAUAUGACGAUCUUGAAUCAUUCAAUGCACUGGUGAAGCGUCAGCACCUGCGUCCCGCUCUGCAGCGACGUCGUGUUGCGACUAGAAAGCUUGCACUCAUGUUCG